GGCGGCUGUGCUGUUGUGCUGUUGUGCUGUUGAUCGGCUCGGGUAACCCUUGGACCGGUCGUCAGGAUGAGGCGGGGUCUGUUGUGCCUUUAAGGUGCGUGACAGUCUGUCUGGGCGGACCGGCAUCUCUAUCUGUCUGUCUGUCAGUCUGUAUGUCGGCGUCCGCCUCGGAGACUGGUAAUCCACAGACGAGACCGCCGGCGAUCUUCGGUCCGUCGUGUUGGCAACGGACGGCGGCGGCGGCGGCGGCGGCGGCGGCGUCGUCGUCGUCGUCAUCAUCGGGCCAGAGGACAAGCGGGCGGUCCGUGCACCUGUCGCCGAGUUGGCCAAUGGCUGAAGGGGGGCUGGGCUUGCUCAUGCAUGCCUCGAGGGCCGAUGGGCCCGCCGAGCCUGGCGUAGAGCGGCGUAAGAGUGCAGUCUGCGCUUCGUCCAUUGGCUGGUCCGCAGUGGUUGGACUGGCUGGGUUAUUUCGCCCUCUUCCACGCCAUCACGACUGCCGAGUUUGCAUACGCGCCAUCGCUGGCACACGCACAAACACACUCACGCCUACCUACUCGCACACGCACGCACGCACGCACGCACGCACACACGCACGCACACACGCACGCACAAUGUCAGGCGUACAGACAGACGCGAAAAGUGAGAUUAUGCACGGCAAAAGCGUGGUGCUCUGCUCGCUCGGUUCCACAAUCCUCAUGACGGAGAAGGGCAAGGAGGCGCUGCAAAACCGGCGCUCCGGUCAGGCGCCGUCGCGCAGUCGCGACAGCGAUUCGUCGUCGUCGUCCCGCGGCGGCAGCCUCUCGUCGGGACAAGGGGACGACGACGAGGACGAGGCGGAGGAGGAGGAAGAGGAAGAAGAAGAAGAAGAAGAAGAAGAAGAAGAAGAAGAAGAAGAAGAAGAAGAGGACGAUGAAGAAGAAGAGGAAAAUGAAGAAGAAGAGGCGAAAGGAGAUGUGAAAGAGGGGCGCGGCUGGGGAGAAGGCAUCUCGGUGAAACUGCACACGGAACAGGAGGACGAGUUGGCCUGUCUUCUCGUCAAGCAGAUAAUGCCGCGCUACUCGCGCCAGCUCAAGUUGCAGGCGCUGGUCGUCUAUCAAGCCGACGGCGGCCCUCGGCGUUGUCUGCUCGUCAACCGCGCCUACAAACGCCACCGUCCCUCCUGCGGCUCUGCCUCGCCGUCGCCGUCGCCGUCGCCGUCGCCCUCCCCCUCGCCGUCGCCUCCGGCGCGCAGUGCCGACGCAGUCCGGCAGACGCCGCCCCUCGCGGCUACGCCGCCGACCUCGACGCCGUCGUCGACGUUGGCGUCGACGUUGAAGACAACGUCGGUGGAGGUGGAGGUGCGUGUGGAGGUGAGCGACGGCGGCGAGGCGGCGACGAAGAGGGCGCGCGUCGAGGCGACGGGCUGCGACGGCGACGGCGAGGCGGAAGGCGACGGCGAGGCGGAGGCGCGCGGCGCCGAAGUGGCCGGCGUCUCGCGCCGCAAGCGCAAGAUCUGCCGGCCUUGCAAGAUCCCUCAGGCGUCGGCGGGCGCGGCGCCGACCAAUCCGCAGCCGCCGCCGGUGCCGCCGCUGCCGCUGCCGGUGCCGGUGCCGGUGCCGGCGGGCCCGAGUUCGAGUCCCGCCGGCGCGUCGACCUUCGUCUCGGUGGCCGCGUUUCCGGCCUCCGCCGGCGGCGGCCAGACCGGCCUGUCCACGUCGGUCACCAGCGCCGCGGCCAUGCUGCCUCUGGGGCUGAACCUGCUGGCCGGCGCAGCCGGUCGCCAUGACUUCACGCCCACCCUCGUGACGGCGCUGACCAGCGCCCCGGCGACCGUCGUCGUCAGCCCCUUCCUGCACAGCCACCUCGCCGCCUCGCUGGCCUCAACCAGGCCCGGCUCCGGCCAAUCGGCAUCGCUGGCCCUGCACCUCUCGCCGCCGGCCGCCCACCUUGCGCACGCCCCCUCGCCAGCCCAUCUGCUCGUCAACAGCCAACUCGCGCCGCCCCACGCCGCCUCAAUGCCCUUUGUCACGACGCCCACCCUGCCUCGACCCAUCCGGCCCCGCCUCGUCGCCGCUCCCGUCUCCUCCUCCUCCCCCACCGCCGCCUCGUCGCCCUCCUCCUCCACCUCUUCCUCAUCCUCCUCCUCCUCAUCCUCCUCCUCAUCCUCAUCCUCCUCCUCCUCUGCCUCCUCGCCCUCGCCCUCCGCCCACGCACACGCCAACGUCAACGUCAACGUCGCCUCCGCGCCCCUCUUCGCCGGCACCCACCACUGCCUCGCCUCCCUCCAGACUGCUGCCGCCGCCGGUCUCCGCCUCGCCAUGGGCAACGUGUCCAUUCUGCCCAAGGCGGCCUCCAUGGCCCAAGCCCCCUCGGGCCUGGGACUCGUCAUGGCCGCCUUGACGCCGACUUGCACGACGGCGACGGCGACGGCGACGGCGACGCCAACGGCGACGCCGACUUGCACGACGGCGCGUCCGCUGGCCGGCGCGGACGGGCUCAAGUACGAGAAGACGAGUCACAAGCCCGACGACCCAGCAACAGGCGAAGAGGCGACGGCGACGGCGACGGCGACGGCGACGGCGACGGCGAUGGUGGCGGCCUAUCACGAGACGACUGCGUCGGCGGCCAUGAACAGCAUGUCGCGUCGCUACGCGAAGAACUUCAUCUGCAACCAAUGCCGCGAGUCGUUCGAGUCGCUGAGCGCCCUCUGCGAGCACACGUUCGCCGUGCAUCGCGCCUUCCGCUGUACCAUCUGCAAGGCGCAGUUCACGCAGCGCUCCAACCUGCAGCGCCACUCGCUGCGCCACGUCGGCUUCAAGCCGUUCCUCUGCAAGGUCUGCAGCAAGGCCUACUACCGCAAGGACCACCUCGUGCGCCACAUCGAGCUGGUGCACCCCGGCUCCAACCCGCGCAACAGCAUCACCGUCAAGCUCAGCUCGGCCGAGUGCCUCGACUACCUCGACAAGAUGGCCGAGGAGGGCCGGCCA